CCGCCCUCGCUCAGCUCUCUCGCCCCCGGCCCUCUCUUCUUCUGCGCCUCCUCUGCUGCUGCCUCUUGUGCAUUCGGCUGCUACGACCACCACCACUACACUAGAAGAAGAGCUCGCGCAUCGCUUUGCACUGCACUGCACUGCCAGCGCUCGCCCUCAGCACUUCGAGCUUUUUAUCAACUCCAGACAGUGAGUGAGUCAGUCAAUCGUCGUGCGGUGCCUUUUACCGGACGAGAGCGGGCUAUUGCGGUUGAUCGCCCGAAGUCGUCGCGAGUUCGGGUUGUGAAUGACAGUGCAAGCUCUAAGAACGGGCGGCUCGUGCGUUGAUUGAUCGCCCGUGAGAAGCGAACGUCGAAUUCUUCACCGACGGUGCAAUAUUGUUUCAUGCUUCUUCUUGCGUCCUCGAGUGGAGUUCUUUGACACCAAUCCGAUUCCAGCGCUACAUGUUGGCGUUUCAGGCCCUCUUUUGAACCAAGUUCGAGGAGAAUGCAUGCUUCAAACCUCCUGAAGGCUGUAUUGAAGCCAAGGUCGAUCACUUCCAGCUCUUCCGGUCAAUCUUUGAACACUAAGGACUCUAAAUCUCGCAGCGGCCCCCGAGCAUCCACCCCGGAGACAAGUCUAUCUCUGAGCGUGAGCAAGAAGGCUACUACCGCUGCCCCCGCCAAAAUGUCUUGCCUCUGCGCACCAACCAACCAUGCAGGCUCGUUUCGCUGCCGUUUACAUCGUGGCGGUCAGCAAUCUUGGGGUGGCAAGCCCAUAACCCCUGCGGCCCCAGCCCCCAAGCCAAGUCCUCCUUCUCCCCCAGCAGCCGAAAGUCGUCCGUCGGCGUCGUCACCAGUUGCUCCUUUGCCCGUACCGACGGAGAAUGGUCUGUCAAAGCGACUGCUGCAUCAGAGUCCGAGACAGCUUUCGAACAACUUUGCGCAUCCUCAUACACACAGGAGUUGUGAUGCCCGGCCCAGCAGACUGAGCAAGGUUUCCGUCGCCACGCAACUGGAAGCCCCUGUUGUGGCCGAGGCAUGCGUACCCGCUCCCGCUCCCAAAGAAGCGCCCGGAACUGUAAGAUAUCUGAAGUUUACUGGCGGCGCUGGAUGCGCUAGCGCCGCGGUCCUCGAGGCCGGAGUGGUUGCCAUCAGAAAGUUACAAGUCAGCAGCAAGAAGGACGUGAUGCUCGAAGUUUUUAGUGCCGAAACAUCUCGUGCAGGUCGAAAUGACGGAAGCCUAGAUCGGAGGAUAUCAGAAGGAGCGGGACAUGGUAUGUCCGGCAAGCUCACCAGCUCCAAAUAUGAGCAAGGACCGCUGCUCAGAAACGUGAACUGUUCGUGGUGACUGCAAUUUCGCGAUCUUCUUCCAGUUACCAACAAUGUUCCCAUCUUCUGAGGGCGGUGUGGACAUUAUCGGAGAUUGGAAGCGGAUCGGGGUAGCCUGGGUUCUGAAGGACGCGAAGGCUGGCGGACUUUUGCAGCGGGAGAAGUUCAUCAGCCCUACUGUAGAUACGGGAUCCGAUCGUCUGAGGGCUGUAGCCAAGGGAGGAGCAGAAGGUUUGUAUGUAGGGUUGAAGAAUGUGAGAUAGGGCAUAGAAUUGUAGAUAUGAGACGUCGGGAGCUCCGCUUGUGGAACGAAGGUCGAGACCCUUGUCCGACGACGCUGUACAAGCGGGCCGUGGAAGACCUGGAGAGCACAGCACACCUGGUCGCUUCUCUGAUGUGGGUCCACGCUCCAUCAUUCAGGCUGGAAGAUAGUGUGUUAGAGAGCAGAGAGAUUGCGAGGUCUGUUACUUUGCAGUGAGGGAUUGAGGGAGGUUUGGCCUGCUGACAGUAUGGACCUUUACCGGUGACGGCUCGAUCAGAUUCAUAGUGUGGACAUAUUACCUGUACGUAAAUUUUCAUGCCAGUAGGCAGGUUUAGCUCGAUCUCUUGAUGAGGCUGCAGAGAAUCGGCCCUCUCAUUCAUUGUACAUUGGCUGCUAUCACGUAGGGAUGAGACACUCCUUAAUAGAUUGAAAGCACAAAAAAGAAUACAGCAAUCACGUGUUGAGGUG